AUGGCCGAUUGGAAGACGGAGAACUUUGAGUUUUCGAUCCUCAUAGGAUCGAGAGGGAGUACGACCUGGUACUUCGAGCUGGCUCGAGCAUCCCAAGAUGCGCCGAGGGAGCAGGUGAGUGUCACCCUCACCUUACACCGCCUCUUCCACCCCACCAUCUCCAUCUUGUUCCCCCCCGACGGCAUGUCCUUCCAUCGCGGCGUCGGGCCCUUCUGGAAGGUCGAGGUGCGCGAGCAAGGGGAGGAGAAAGAGCGGCUGGGGCCCAUGCGCGAGUGGAAGGUGCGGCAGACGGUGGAGGGGCCUGCACUUCCUGCUCCACUAGAAGCGACGCUGUACAUGGUGCACCUGGCGUAUGUGGACGGUCUGGUGCCGUACCCCAACGGCCUGCCAGACGGGGAGUACAAGCUGACGCUCACGGUGUUGGACGUGCGGGACGUGGCGUACCAGCCGGGAGCGUCGGUGACCUUCAAGAAGGACAACGAGAGAGAGUACAGUUCAAACGUCACCGGAAUCGAUUUGUUUCCUUGUGUCAACCCUGCGGCAGAAUCAACCAAGUCAACCUGCCCUCCAUGCGACCGCGGGAUCUGCCGUGACGGGGCGUGUGUGUGCGAGGCCGAUUGGUUCGGAGAGCUGUGCGACCACGACCUGCAUGACUCAGCAGCUUACCUCCCGCCCGCUGAUCCUGUCCUUACGGUCUGGGCAUGCGUACAAGCUCAGCACUUCCGUGAGGGGUGGGACAAGUUUGCCGGGGCCGUGAGGGAGAAUCAAUUCCCGGCUGAGGCGAGCCGAUGCGACGACCCGCUGCGAGGAGCGCAAGCAUUUCAUGCAGACUCAGUGUCAGGUGACUCUCAAGACUCGCAUGCCAACCUGACCGUCUCUUCAGCCUUCGGCGUCAACUUACGAUCGCUCGCCAUCGCGUUGGGCCGAUCUUUGCAGGCAGGAAGACCUCUGGUUGUGGGAACAAACUGGUCGGCGAUUCAACACGAGAAGUGCCCGACUGGCGACUUGUCCUGCUACUUCGAGCCAAUCUCCUCUUGUCCCGUCAAAGCAACGACGCCCUCUUGCGGUUGGAUCGACGACGGGCAGGAGGUGGACCUGCCUCGGAGGGUUCGGAGGCCAGAAGGGGAGGAGGCGUGCCAGGGGGACGAGCAUAACGCAGCUCAGGACUCGUCCAGCUCUGAGGGGGUUGAGGUGCAUGAUGGGCGGCCUCCUCAGCCGGACAUGCUCUUCGAUGCUUCCGUGCAGUUCGCCAACGAGCUUGUGAAUCAGGGCACUGAGAGCCGGCUCUCGCUGAGGAGGAGGGGAGCUACCAGGUUCAUCACUCACCCUCUCGGUGCCAUCCGCGUCCUCGACCUCCAUCGCGGUCACCUGGAGCUGCUCGUUCACGACAGGAUCGGCUUCCCUCUCCUGCAUAGCUACACUCUCGCUGCCUGGUUGGAGUGGCGAGCAGCGGAUAGUCCAGCACGGAGCCUGUGGUUCACGCUGCAGGGUGGGGCUCCUGUUGCGGUGGAGAGAGGGUCGAGGCAGCUGGGGAUGCUGGUGGUGGACGAGAGCGGCGAGGAGAAGUUUCUUCCCUGCGGCUACAACAUCUCAGUGGUGGGAUGGCAGCUGGUGAUGGUGGUGGGGAGGGUCGACGGGUCGCAGUCGAGCAGCAGCUUCUUUGUCAACGGGGAGCUCGUGGGGGUCGUCAAGGUCUCGAUGGCCUUGUCUCAAGUUUCUCUGCUCGGAGCUGCAAGUCAGGGCCCAGGCUUUGUCGCGUUGGCUGCUGUCUGGCAGACGGCGCUGAGCGAGGAGGAGGUGAGAGCGUUCUGGGUGAAGACGAGGAGGAGGUUCGGGCUGGAGGGGCUGCCGUCGAUGAACGUCAAGGGGAGGGGGAGGAGACGGUGGACGGUCGCGCUGUCCUCGACUCCCGAGCAGUUCAAGGAUCGAGGGGCCUGGUGGUGGAUGGCCCUGGCGCUUCAGCUGGUCAUGCGGCCGAGCAUGGAGCUGGAGAUGCUGCUGCAGGCGGCCAGGAGGAGUGUGAGGUUCCGCUCUCCUGCUCUGGGGGUGCACGUGAGACACGGAGAAGCUUGCAACGAGGCUCAUGCGAGGAAGUGCGUGCAGGCAAGCGAGCUCCUCCCUUCCAUCCGCGCCAUGACGGAUCGCUACGGCCUCCGCUCCGUCUACCUGGCGACCGACAGCCCAUGGAUGAUGCACGAGCUGCGGGAUCGCAUGCCGGACCUGCACUGGAUGGUCCUCGACGCGCUUCCUCGCGAGUUCCUCAACACCGGGUGGACUCAGACGCUCAUGACCAGGAUCGGACGCAUCGACCGGCGGCUGGUGGCUGAGAGCGCGUUGGUGGACCUCCUGCUGCUGUCGAGCUGCGACGCUCUCAUCGGCCAGUUCAGCUCCGCCUUCUUCAAGACGGCCUUCGCCCUCGCCCUCGCUCACAAGGGCUUCGUGCCGCCCUACAUGGGACAUGACGGGCCCCCGUCAUGGUAG